CUGUGUGCAGUUACGAUCACUUCCGCUCUUAGAGCGUGCGGUUCCUGCUAUGGUUUUCCUGCUUGUGUUUGUUUCUUCUGCGUCUCGAGACACUUCCAGACUCUGUGGACCUGUGUUUGGAACCUGCAAGGACCAGGACAUCGAUUCAGUGUAAAGAGGUCGCGGCGCAAACGGAGUUCAGCGUUCCUAGGACUCUGUGUAUCUCAGGACUCUGAAUAUCACCAGAAGUAGGAAGAAAAAUGAGCACAUUCAUGGAAUCGGUGACAUUCGAGGACGUGGCUGUGGUCUUCACUGAGGAGGAGCUGGGGCUGCUGAACCCUGUCCAGAAGAAGCUGUACCAAGAUGUAAUGGUUGAGAACUUCAGGAACCUGAUGUCUCUGGGAGGCAAGAACUCAAGGCUGGUGGAGACUGUUCCACAAGCAGAAGCACAGGAGGACAUUUCCAGCUUGCAUAUCUGGCAACAAAUUGCAGGUGACUUAACCAGGUGUCAAAAUUCCAAGAUAAAUAAGUCUCAGUUCUACAAACAAGGUGAUUCAUCCUCUCCAGUUGCAGGAGGACUAGUUAAUAUUCACACAGGAGAGACACCUCACCAGUGUAACAAGUGUACAGAAACCUUCAGUGAUGUCUCCAGCUUUGAUCAUCAUCAGCGUUCACACUCAGAAAAAAAGUCUCUCACGUGUAGUGAGUGUGGAAAAAGCUUCCGUUAUAUCUCAGGUCUUCGUAAUCAUCAGAGAGUUCACACGAGAAAGAACCGCUAUAAGCCUGAUGAGUGUGGUAAGGAAUUUAGUCAGAGUUCACAUCUGCAAAGUGAUCUGAAUGUCCACACUACAGAGAAACUGCACAAAUGUGAGGAAUGUGGGAAAUGCUUCAGUCAUAGAGCAACACUCACUGUUCAUUGCAAAGGCCACAAAGGAGCAAAACCUUAUAAAUGUAAAGAAUGUGGGAGGGCUUUUAAUUAUCUUUUUCAUUUUCAGGAACAUCAGAGAAUCCACACUGGAGAGAAAACAUUCACAUGUGAUACAUGUGGUAAGAACUUUCGUUGUAGAGCAGCAUUUAAUACUCAUUGCAUGGUCCAUACAGGAGAGAAGUCUUGCAAAUGUGAAGAGUGUGGGAAAAGCUUCGCCUGUAACACAUAUUUUUAUACCCAUCAGUGUGUUCGAAGAGGAGAAAAACCUUGUAAGUGUGAGGAAUGUGGUAGGAGCUUCAUUCAUCCUUUGCAAUUUCAGGACCAUCAAAGAGUUCACAUUGCAGAAAAUCCAUAUAUGUUCAACCUAUGUGGAAUAGGCUUCAUUUACAAUUCAGAUUUGCAUUCCCAUCAGGCAGUCCACACUGGAGAAAAACCAUAUAAAUGUGAUACGUGUGGGAAGGGUUUCAGUCAGAGUUCAUAUCUUAAAGUCCAUCAUAAGAUCCACAAUGUAGAGAAACCUUUUAAGUGUGAGGAAUGUGGACAAGGCUUCCAUUGGAGUUCAAGACUUCAGGUUCAUCGGCUGAUCCAUACUGGUGUUAAACCAUACAAAUGUGAAGAGUGUGGGAAGGGCUUCAGGCAGGCUGCACAUCUUUUGACCCAUCAGAGAGUCCACAGUGGAGAAAAACCGUUUAAAUGUGAAGAAUGUGGCAAAUACUUCAGUACUAGACAAAAUCUUCACGUUCACUGUAGAAUCCAUAAAGGAGAGAAAUCCUACAAUUGUGUGGAGUGUGGGAAGGGCUUCAGGCAGGCUGCACAUCUGUUGACCCAUCAGAGAGUCCACAGUGGAGAAAAACCAUUCAAAUGUGAAGAGUGUGCUAAGUACUUCAGUAGUCGAUCAAAUCUGAAAACUCAUCUUAGAAUCCACACAGGAGAAAAAUCAUAUAAUUGUGAGGAGUGUGGGAAGGGCUUCAGGCAUGCUGCGAAUCUUUUGACCCAUCAGAGAGUUCACAGUGGAGAAAAACCAUUCAAAUGUGAAGAGUGUGGGAAGUACUUCAGUAGUAGAACAAAUCUUCAAACUCAUGGUAGAAUCCACACAGGAGAGAAAUCCUAUAAUUGUGAGGAGUGCGGGAAGGGCUUCAGGCAAGCUGCACAUCUUUUGACUCAUCAGAGAGUCCACAGUGGAGAAAAACCCUUCAAAUGCGAAGAGUGUGGAAAGAGUUUCUGUCAGAAUUCACACCUUCAAGCCCAUCAAAGAGUCCAUAAUGAAGAAAAGCCAUACAGAUGUGAAGAGUGUGGGAAGGGCUUUAAGUGGAAUGAGAAUCUUAACACUCAUCGGAGGGUCCACACAGGAGAGAAACCAUUUAAGUGUGAGGAGUGUGGUAAGUACUUCAGUCAUGCCUCAAGUCUUCAACAUCAUGAGCUUGUACACACUGAAGAGAAACCGUACAAACGUGUGUGGUAAAAUUCAUCUUCACAGCUACAAUCUCAGCAGAGAGUUCACACUGGGGAGAAACCUUAGUAGUGUGAAACUUGUGGUAACAGCUUCAUUUGAAGUUCAGAUCUUAUAAAU